UGGAACUGUCUGGGCCGCCACCGCUACCUCCGUCGCUGCGGCUGUGUGGGACCAGCACUGGUACGCCGAGGAAAGGAUCUUUUUCUUUGCUGAAAGUUCCUUGGGGAAAGCUACCAUCUCUCCAGCCCACCAUGGCAGAUGAAAUUGACUUCACUACUGGAGACGCUGGGGCUUCCAGCACAUACCCUAUGCAGUGCUCGGCCCUGCGCAAAAACGGCUUCGUGGUGCUCAAAGGACGACCGUGCAAAAUAGUAGAGAUGUCAACUUCCAAAACUGGAAAGCACGGCCAUGCCAAGGUUCACCUUGUUGGAAUUGAUAUUUUCACGGGCAAAAAAUAUGAAGAUAUUUGCCCUUCUACUCACAACAUGGAUGUUCCAAAUAUUAAGAGAAAUGAUUAUCAACUGAUAUGCAUUCAGGACGGUUACCUUUCCCUGCUGACAGAAACUGGUGAAGUUCGAGAGGAUCUUAAGCUGCCAGAAGGUGAACUAGGCAAAGAAAUAGAAGGAAAGUACAAUGCAGGUGAAGAUGUACAGGUGUCUGUCAUGUGUGCAAUGAGUGAAGAAUAUGCCGUAGCCAUAAAGCCGUGCAAAUAGACAGCAACAUCGGGCGUGAGCAAACUGCUUAGGUCUGAGUCAGCUGCAGAUCUCAAGUGUGGUUCUAAGUUGUCACCAAAGCUAUGGCCUUCAUAAGCAACCUCAUGUAUCGUUUCAUUGUUUUGAAAUUGUGCUCAGUUAGUUUUGCUGACAAUUAGUAAUUUAAAAAAAUAAUCAAGGUGUAUAAUUUUUUAAAUUAGUUUGUAGGUAUUUUUCCUGUAACAUUCCUAUGGUUUUUCAGUAUGUGAGUCCAAGAAACAGACAAGGUAGUUUCAAUAGAUGUGAUUUGUCCAAGCAGUCAUUCCUGAAUUUUAGUUAAAUGAUAAGUAAACCAGGGUUUUCAAUCAAACAAUGUAGCAUCUAGUGGUAUUAAAGUACCGCACUUAAGUUGGAUUGCUCUGCAUUAGUUUCAGAUGUAAUAUCACAGCAGAGUAAGUAGAUUAUAGAUUGGAACUGUCACAGUUUUAGCCUAUGUGUGGCAAGCACAAAUGCUUAAACAAAAAUCAUGUUAUCAAAAAGUAUCAGUUAUCUUAGUAGCCAUGUGCCACACCCCGUAUCACCUCAGUCUUACUGUUCUUUGCCAAAUUGUUGGCCAACUUAAUAUAACCUUAUAUAUGGUGAUUUUCAUACCUGCUUGUGUUUGACAGGCAUGAAACUGUUGGGUAACUGUUAGCAAGUCAUAUUGUGAAGAAGGUACAAGGGACAGUGGUAAAAUGAGUUGGUUAAAGCUAUAGGUUUUUAUUCAGGCCUUUGUAGUCAGCAUAAAAAUAGAAAUGUUUGAGAUGUACUUUUGCUUAUAACUUUCACAUUUCUCUCCCUCCUGCUCUCCCCCUGCUCUUUGUCUCUCUGUAUAUUUAAAGGAGUGACCUGCUUUGUAGGAUACUAUGCAGUGCUUUUUAUGAAUUAUGUUGAUAAAUGUUAUUUAUAGUACUCAUUCUUUUCCAACCAUUUGUAAGUAGACUUUUUUGACAUCAAAAUAUUUAUUUGUCAGACAAAAACUGGAAUUCUUAUUUCAAAUUGAUUUGGAACAUUUGUUAAAAGUAUGUACAUUUUUUCAAAAGUGAAAUGAAAGUGAAUUAUGGAAGAAAAGUUACUAUAUGUGAUAAUCAUUAAUUUAAAAAAUACAUAUAUGUAUUUUUCUGAUUGUCAUGUGUAAUUCAGUUCUCAUAUGAAAUAUAACUAGGAAAGAUUUCUAUAAAUCUAAAUUAUUUUUAAAAGUGUUUUAGGUGACUUUGCUACAUUCCUCUUUGGUUGUUUGGGUCAUAAAUACUUUAUUUCCAGAAUUCUAAAUAUUGUCAUAGGAUUUGUGAGGACCUUUGACUCAAUAACAAUGAUUGUAUCAGAGUGAAACUUAGAAACAAGUUACUGUUUGAGCAAUACCUUCAUUCUCUCAGACUGAUUGUGAGACCCCUCCCAUCAUGCCUUGACUUUUCCAGCGCCUUUAUUCCUAUCAUCUAGAGGCAACUAUAAGUGAUGCUGCAGCUACUCUACUCAGUGACUAGAAACAGCAUUAGAAACAGACGAUCCUAAAGUUUUGUUACUUAAUCUGCUCAUACUUUUAAAUCUUGUGUUAGCCUCCGCAAACCUAUUUGGAGAAGAAGCAAGAUACUUUAAGAAAAUAUAAAGAGAAUUCUAAAGCAGAAGGAAUAUUGAGGUUGUAGUUCAAUCAUUUUAAUGUAACAUUUAGCUUUUGCCCAUCUAAAGCACAAUUAGGAAUUAGGCUAAAUUCUUUCCAGUAUUCCAUGAAUGUUCUAGUUUUUUAAUACUUUAUAAUGUGCAUCUCACUUGCUACUGGUUGGCAUAAUUAUGCACAGGAAUUCUAGAAAGUUAUCAAUCUGUGCUGCUUGCUGGUCAUGCGUAUGAUCCCAGUUAAGCAUACUAGUGUUCCGAUUUAUUAUUAAAUCUGGAUCAGCAUGCCCUUGUUAUUCUAACUCAUCAAACUUCACAUAAAUAUAUUUUCAAUUGUGAAUUAAGUGUACAUAAAUUAUAAUAAUGCAUCUCUACCUUCAUACCUUGAAUGCCAAAAGCUAAUUAUGCAUAAGUAUUUCAUUUUAAGUACUAUAAAAAGUAUAAAUACUCUUCUGACAUAUAAGUAUAGAUUUUAAAGAUAUGGGACUGUUUCUGUAUUUUUGCAUAACUCAAUACACUUCUCUAGAACAAAAUAUUUCAUUUAGUAAAGCUUUAUAAACUGUAUUAAAAAGAAGCAGGGAAACAUUUUUUAACACAAAACAGAAGUGACUUCAUUCUUUUUUGACAUCAGAAAUGUUAAAAGUUGAUUCCUAGUAUUUGUUAUACAUUUUUGUAGCAAAUGGUAAAUACCACAGCUUACCAAGUGUAGAAUGUAGAGGCUGUCAUGCUGAUAGAUUAUAUAGUGACACACCAUUUUUGUCUGUAGGCAUUACAUCAAUUUAUAUAUAACAGCGAUUUUCAACCUUUUACCACCUCAUGGCAUACAUAAGUGAAUUACUAAAAUUCUGUGGCACACCAAUAAAUUUCUUUUUGCCAAUUGACAAAAAAAUAGGUAAAAUUUUGAUUCAUUCAUAGCAGAUGGCUGUUGUUGUGUUGGCCAUUGUCAUUCUUUUUAUUUGACAAUCUAAGGGAAAAGAGGUCAGUUCCCCUGACUAAAUAGUCAAGUAUUGCAUGUUUUAAAAAUUCUUCUGGCACACCUGUAUGCCUUGCAGCAUACCAGUUGAAGAUCACUGAUAGACAAUAUUAUAUAACAAGUGGAAUAUGUGUUUCUAUCUAGAACAACAUUUUAUUUCUACUGUGAAGACUUUUGUUAUACCUUACUUGCUACAAAGUUUUAUACCCUCAGAAAUAGAUCAUGUCGUUGUUACUUUGAUUUAGCAUUUGCAUCAUAAGCAUAAUAAUGAUGUUUCUUUUAUGCUCCCUUCUAAGGGCUGUCAGUCACUUGAAAUUGAUGGAAACCAAGCUCUUGAAUCCACUUCCCUUGGUAAUAUAAAAUUCUAUACCAAUGCUUUAUAACAAUUACCAAAACUCUCCUGCAGCCAGAUAUUUUUAAUAGGAGUUGCUACAAGAAAAUGUUUAGUCUGUAAAAUUUUGGGACACAGUUCUUCAUUAUAGCACAAUGUGUGUGAACGUGCACACACAGCUUUGUGUAUUUGUUCUUUUUACACAGUCCUUCCAACUCUUAAAAGUACUGUAGUCUGGUAGUGCCUCAAAUGUUGGUAAUUUUUUUUAAUUUAUAACUUUUCCAGAAUUUGUUUUUGUACUUUAAAGUUUCUCAAUUAGAUUAUUUCUAGUUGAGCUGUAAUUUGAAUGCAUUGUUCUCAGGGCUGUUUGUGCUAAGAGUUGAAGUUUUAUUAUUUUAAAGCUAACUGCCUAAAAGUAUAUUGCAGAAUUUUCCCAAAUUGUAUUACAUACAAAUAAAAAAAUCCUUAAUAUCAACGUGCUUCAACUACAUAGUAAGUAUUCAAAAACAAAAAAGGCAACAUUAGUGUCAUCUGUACUGGAAACUUGUCAUAUUUCUUUCGUUUUAGAAUAGAAUUUAGUAGUCUUAUCUUAGAACCCUUUUCCUCAUGAUAUAUCUGAAAGCAUUUCUUUAGCCUGGACCCAAAGAUAGUUUCAGAGCCAGACAUUGAUGUAUUGGUUCUCAAACGUGUUUAGGGACAACAGAUUGAGAUUCAUAAAGCUCUUUUAGGUACAUUAAAAUGUUUACAUAUUGAGUUCUAUAAUAUGAACUAGUAACAGACUUAACUAUGAGUGAAUAUGGCCCUUAAGAAGGGUAAGAGCAAACUGUAGGCAUAUUUUCAUAAAUAGUAUAUUAAACUGAUCAACAGUUUAAAAUUUUCUAAUAUCAUUUAGACAUGCUCGUUCACAGUUUUCAAGCCUUUUUUCUCCUACCAUUCAGACAAGUUGUAGAAAAGAAAGCUUAAGGAAAAAUUGUAGAAAAUCUUAAAAUUGAGAAAAUUCAAUUUAUUAACUUUAUUAAAUUUUUUUCUCUGAACUGGGUAUAUGGCAUCAUUAUUUGAUUUUAGCAGGGAACAUUUGGGCCCAGCUUACGGAACACAGAUGUUCUGUGGGAAGGAGCAUGGCUUGGAGUCACUCUGUAAUUUAAUGUUUUUCCAUUAAAAAAUAUCUGAACAUCAGUUUAACUACCAAGGAAGUCAAGUGCCUGAAAAGUGCUGUACACGUCACGUCUAGCUAGCACAUUUUCCUUAUGCAAAAGAUGCAUCUUACAGCAAUGCGUACCAGGCUUGCACCUGCUAGAAGCAGACUUGGCCAUCCACCGCUACUCUCUCCUGAGAACAGGUCAGAACCUAUUUUACAAUUGAAAGAGAGGUUCUUUUAUUUAUAUGAAGUCCCUAAAACUGUUUCUUUGUAGUGUAGUGGUAGACUUAGGUUGAUCUUAGUUCAAGAUUGCACUUUUUAAUAAACUAUGUUCAGUGAUGAUGAUACAGUUUGUCCUAAGUCAUAGCUGUGAUCUUUCUUGAGAAGAAUUCUAUAUUAUGGUUAACAUCUAUUAUAAGCACUCAUGCUUGUUACAAAGUGUAAUGCGAAUGACUAGUUCUACACUAGUAUAAUGAAAAUGACUAGUUCUGUACUAUUAUGUGCUUUUGUCAUCCUCUCCAAAAUAAAAUAGUAUUAUCUAAUCCAAUGGCACUUUAUUAGUAAUACCUUUUAUUGUGUUAGGUGUAGGGGAACUCUUGCUUUUACCUGCAGAGACUCAUGUUUUAGCUAAAAUUUUAAAAUUAUAAGAAAUGUAAUAUGGUUAUUGGUUGUAACUGUGCAUUUUACAUUUCAAAAAUGGGUAAAAUUUAAAUGUUAAGUCUUUGGCUAUACUAAAAUAAUUGUUGAAAUUCUUUGAAAUGUGGAUGGUAAACUUAUCAAUUGCAACUUUUUGUUACAU